GAAAUACUAAGCUGUUUGUUGAGUACGCCAUUUUCCCAAACAGCAACCAAAUAGACUGAGAGAGAGAGUUACCACAAGAGAGGCAGACAGAGAUGGCGCUGAGAGCAGCCCUACUGCGGCACGUGCGAAUUCCGGUACAAACCCUAAACCCAGCCCUAACCCUAACCGGAGGAAAAUGGGGCCCACCUUCUCUCCGGUGGAUGUCAUCGCACGACGAUCAUCUCACCAAAUCCGAGGUCACCGAGAGAGUCCUCUCUGUUGUCAAGAGCUUCCCCAAAGUCGAUCCUUCCACGGUGACUACUGAUGUACAUUUCCAGAAGGAUUUGGGCUUGGAUAGCUUGGAUAAUGUGGAGAUUGUGAUGGCUCUGGAAGAAGAGUUCAAGCUAGAGAUUCCAGACAAGGAAGCCGAUAAGAUUGACUCUACGAAUCUGGCCAUUGAAUACAUCUACAACCAUCCAAUGGCUGGGUAACUCUCUUUAGCAGCAGCUUUUUCUCUUUACAUGAAUUGUUCAAACGUAUUUUUGUUUUUGCUCGUGACACUUGUAGAAAUUGAUCACCGUGUUGGUUGAAAAUAAUUUGCAUCUGUCUGAAAAAAGAGUAGUCCUGGAACUAAAUUUUAUCAAUGUCUUUGCAAUGCUUCUAUUGUAAACAAUGACAUCUUCUAUCCAAUCAGUCUGCUGAUUGGUUAUGUUCCUGCUCAAUGCUAUUUUUCAUUACA